CGCGGACAAAGCCUUCACGGCUCCUCUCCCCUCGCCGCAGGUCCUCAUCAGUCUCGGAGCUCCGAACUGUCUCUGCCCUGCUGUGCAGACGGCGGGUCUCUGUCCGGUGCCAAGGCCCCCCAGGUCAGCGGGGUCAGAGUUCAGCUGGAGAUGCAUGCCCUCUGGCGGCAGUUUGACCAGCUGGGCACGGAGAUGAUCGUCACCAAAGCCGGAAGGAGAAUGUUUCCAACCUUCCAGGUGCAAAUCUCCGGGAUGGAUCCCGCAGCCGAAUACGUCCUGCUCAUGGACUUUCUCAUCGUUGACGACAAACGAUACAGAUAUGCCUUCCACAGCUCGUCCUGGUUGGUGACGGGCCGAGCCGACGUCGUGGCCCCGAGCAGGAUGCAUUUCCACCCAGACUCCCCCGCCUGUGGAGCCCAGUGGAUGAAGCAGACCGUCUCCUUCGACACUUUAAAGCUCACCAACAACCUGCUGGAUGACAACGGACAUAUGAUAUUGAACUCCAUGCAUCGGUAUCAGCCGCGCUUCCACGUUGUGUACGUGGAUCCGACUCCCGACAGCCACGCGAACGCACACAGGAACUUCUGCUCCUUUUCCUUCCCCGAGACGCGCUUCAUGGCCGUCACUGCCUAUCAGAACCACCGGAUCACCCAGCUAAAAAUUGCUAGCAACCCGUUUGCCAAAGGGUUCCGGACGACGGACCCCCAGGACCGGUGAGUGUCAUCCAGUCAUGUCUGAACCCAGGACGCCUGAUUAACAAAAUCCUGUGGAACACUAUCUGUAGUAAAGGCCAGGCGACUAGAUCAUAUCUUUGUUGCUUUAAUCAGCUGGUACAUUGCGAUAAGGCGGCCGUCUCCAUGAUAGAUGAUCUUUGACCUUUGUAUUCGCAGCAGGUACGUUGUUGGCCAUAGGUUGAAACUGUGAGGACAUGAUUAUUGUGAUAUUUGUAUAAAUGUAAAUAUGUGACGGUUUACAGUAUCUGUGUGUGUGUGUGUGUGUGUGUGUGUGUGUGUGUGUGUAGAGUGGGUUACUCGGGGGCCCUGCCAGUGUGUUGUCCACCAGACGGUGGAGCUGAGCUGCUCUCCACCAAACCUGGAGAUCAGAGAGAGAGCUGGGGACCGAAGCCUUCGACCGGGCAGGAGGAGCCAGCUCUGUUUCUGGUGGAACGGUGUGGACUGCUGCACCACGGUAACGAGUCUGUGGGACUCACCAUGGAGGGGAACGAUGCGGACGGCGUGCUGGCACCUGCUUCCUUCCUCGCUGUUCCUUCCUACUGGGACUGUCCAGGAUCACCUGAGGAGAGAGGCACUCUGUCGAUAGGAGAAAGAACUAACUGAAUUUUGGAUUGUAUUUGAACUGCUGCAGUCCAACUUCAUCGUUUGUUUCAUAAUAAAUGUAUAUGAUGUGUGGUCUCCCUCACAAAGUAAAUGUAUACGGAUACUAUGCAUUGUUCUGGUGUUCCAUGAGAAUGUUGUGGGCCAUUUAACAAUAUAAUAGAUUACACCAGAUGCUACCGACAUCACAUAUAAUAAGAUCUCUACAGCGUCAUGGUUAAGUAUUCUUAUUAUAGCAACAAUACAGCGACGCCCCAAACUCAGCUGAGAACAACGAACAAACCAAAAGUUUAAAAACUCAGUCAUUUCUUGUUAUAAUACGUGUGCAAGGUGCAUGCGUUGGUCAUCUGAGAUAAUAAAAAUCCCUUUUUGAAAAAUG